UGGCCUGGGAAAGCAGUGGAAGGAGAUCCAAGUGCUCUGACCCACUGUACCCACGGGGGAUGCAGAAGCAGCUCCAGGUUUGGAUGGGCCCAGCUCUGGCUGUUGAGGCCAUUUGGGGAGUGAACAGGCAGAUGGAAGACCUCCUCUCUCUCUCUCUCUGUGUGUGUGUGUGUGUGUGUGUGUGUGUGAUUCUGCCUGUGAAAUGAAUGAAUCCAUCUUUACUAAAGAGAGACUACGUAGAGAAGAUCCUCUGGGGGAAAUUCUAGGGGGACGAUCUAGAACACACCUGGGGACUCAGAGUCGCCCACUUUCCUGUCUUGCAGCCAUGACGCCUGAGAGCUCCGGCCCCCAGAACCCCAGCUGCCACAUCAUGACAUUCUACCCAACCAUGGAGGAGUUUAUGGACUUCAACCAAUUUAUCGCUCAGAUGGAAUCUCAGGGUGCACACCGAGGAGGCCUGGCCAAGGUCAUCCCACCCAAGGAGUGGAGGGCCAGACAGAGCUACGACGACAUGGAUGACAUCUUGAUAGCCCGCCCCCUCCAGCAGAAGGCCUAUGGCGGGGCAGGUGUCUUCACUCAGUUCCACAGAAAGAGGAGAGCCAUGAGCCUGAGACAGUAUCGCCAGCUGGCCACCAGCACAAAAUACCAGACCCCAGCGCACCUGACUUUCGAAGAGUUGGAGCAAAAGUACUGGAAGACCCGUGUCUACGAUGCCCCGAUCUACGGCGCUGGCAUCAGCGGCUCUCUGUUUGAUGAAAACACGGCACACUGGAACCUCAGGCGCCUGGGCUCGCCUCUGGACCUGCUGGCGCAGGAGUGCGGCGUCGUCAUCGAGGGCGUCAACACGCCCUACCUGUACUUUGGCAUGUGGAAGACCACGUUCGCCUGGCACACGGAGGACAUGGACCUGUACAGCAUCAACUACCUGCACUUCGGGGAGCCCAAGACGUGGUACGCGGUGCCCCCGGAGCACGGGCGGCGCCUGGAGCGCCUGGCCGGGCAGCUGUUCCCGGGCAGUUCCCGCAGCUGCCAGGCCUUCCUGCGGCACAAGGUGGCCCUCAUCUCGCCCAGCGUCCUGCGGCAGAACGGCAUCCCCUUCCGCCGCGUCACUCAGCAGGCUGGCGAGUUCAUGGUGACCUUUCCUUACGGCUACCACGCGGGCUUCAACCACGGCUUCAACUGCGCCGAAGCCAUCAAUUUCGCCACCCCGCGCUGGAUCGACUAUGGCAAAGUGGCCUCCCAGUGCAGCUGCGGGGAGGCCAGGGUCACCUUUGACAUGGACCCCUUCGUUCGUAUCCUGCAACCCGAGCGCUACGAGCUGUGGAAACGCGGGCAAGACCGUGGCGCUGUGGCCCUCCCGGAGCCCAUGGGCCAAACAAGCCAGGAUCCACACACUAGCCGGGAGCCAGGCACCAGCCAGCGUUCUCACCAGCCAGGGGCCAAGCCUCACCAGGAGCCACGCAGCAGUGAGGAACCUCACAGCAGCCAGGAGCUUCUCACCAGCCAGGGGCCAAGCCUCAGCCAGGAGCCAGGCACCAGUGAGGAGCCAUGCAGCAGCCAGAAAUCACGCCGCUGCCUGAAGCCGCGCCCCAGCCACGCGUUGUGCACCAGCCAGGAGCUGACGGCCUGUAGGCAGGAUCGCGGGCUCUGGAGGGCUGCCCUGGGCCUCAGGCAGCUUUCCUCGCCCCAGGCUAGGUCCACUGGGCCUGUGCCGGCCUCUGGUAGCACCCGUCGAGCUGCUCCUGUGGGCCCCGGAUCUCAGUUGGCUCUGGGCCGCAGCAGUGAUGUCACACUGCACACUGACGUUCGCAGGUCCAGGCAGCCCAGCCUGGCCUGGUUACCGACUCCAGCUCUGUCUGCCGAGGCUGUGCGCCUGUCAGCUGCCAGACCUAGUCGUGGUCGUGGUCGGCGUCCUCGGCCACUGCAAGCUGAGGAGCCCAGCCUGGAGGUUCCACCCAAGAGGCGGCUGUUGUCCCCCUCUGCACACACCGAUGCUGGCGCCGAGGCUCCGCCCCUGCCCAGUGAUGGAGCUUCAGAGGUCAGUGCUACUCAGAGCCCUGAACGCCCGUUUCCUGCCAAGGCUUCGGGAUGUUGCUGCGCCCCGGAUCUUCAACCCUUGGGGCCCCCGCUGGAUCCCCAUGCCCCGAUGCACCCGGGCCCCUGCCUGCUCUCCUUGGACAGCAUCACCGUGGGUCUCCCUGACGUGGUGCCGCUGACUCCUCCCAGCACCAGCGUGCAGCCAUUCAGAAGCUUCUGCAGGGACACUGCUGGGGACUGGGCGUCUCCUGGGAAUCAGGCAGAGGAUGGGGUGGUGCGCCGCACUUGCGCCUCCAGAACCUUGGCUGCGUCUGUGCUUGCCCCCGGCCCUGGUUGCCUGAUGCUAGUCCCCUCUGGCUCAAGCCACAGGGAGGCGCUUUCUGGUGGCAUGAGCCAAGUUCAGCACCAGUGA